AUGGGUUCUUCAGAUCUUAAUUUAAAGAAAUCGUGGCAUCCCGCUACGUUCAAGAAUCAGGAAAGAGUAUGGAAAGAAGAACAGAAGAAAAAGGAAGAGGAUCGUAAGAUCGAGCAAAUGAGGAAGGAGUUAGCUGAAGAGAAGCAGUUACAAGAAUUGCAACGAAUGCAGGAAGAAGCAGGCACAAAGAAACGAUCAAAUAAGUUAGAUUGGAUGUAUGCUUCACCCAACGCUAAUUUGAGUGGAAAUGCAAACAAUAGUAUGGAGGAGUUUCUCCUCGGAAAAAAGAAUGUAGAUGAUCUAUUGCGUCAGAAGCAAAAAGAACAAGUGGUAACCAGUGAUUGA